AUGAGCAACUGGAACAACGGCCCGCAGGGCACACAACAACACCAGCCCCCACCAUCACCGUCUCAACCAAGAGUGCCCGUGGGCGACAGCUACAGCAGCAGCAUGGGCACCCGGCGGGCGGAUCGCAACGAGGCGUUGGAGGCCAAGCUGAGGCAGAUGUCGCUGCCGCUCGCGCCGCUGGUCCAGCUGACGAGCGGGCAGAUCCACCCGAGCUUCCCGCCGACGCUGCUCAACUUCUGGCUCCUGACGGACGCGCAGUUGGACGAGAUCGCGCACUUCUACCACCAGCGGACGCCUUGCCAGUGGACGCGGCACUACCCUUGCCCGAUCACCUGGGAGGAAGGGCUGGGAAUCGAGGAGAAGCGGAGGAAGAUCGGAAAGUUCAUCGGGCUCAGAGGUUGCGAGACGCCAUUACAUAUCAAGACCGAGGAUGAAAUCAUGGAGGAGGCCAGACAGGCCCGAAUAAAACAGGACGAGGACGACGCCAUGAGGAGGAAAUUACCAUGGUAUCAAUGA